UUCCAGUUGUAAAGGGGUCAGGAGCCAGGCAAGGAGAGCCCGAACAAGAGAAGCAUUUUCCUGGGCUCUUCCAGCUGUUCUGUUCAGUCCUGCCGUCGGUUCUGAGCAGGGAAGAGAGUUUGUCAACACAAAUAAGGCAUUUUUCAAAGGCGUAAAUUAUGAGUUACCCAAACAAUACGACAUCUCAACCACAUGGAGACAUUGAGAGCCCCACAGCUGGAGCAGAUGUGGCUGUUAUUGGAGGUGUGAUUGCUGCAGUGGUGUUUGUCCUCAUUUGCCUGCUGGUGGUGAUGGUCCGGUACAUGUACAGGCACAAGGGCACCUAUCACACCAACGAGGCAAAAGGAACCGAGUUUGCCGAAAGCGCAGAUGCCGCUUUGAAAAAUGACCCUGCUCUCCAGGAAGCAGUGGAUGAGAGCAAAAAGGAAUAUUUCAUUUGAGAAGCAAGGAUUUCCAUGGAGACUUUACCAAGGCAGUGAAUCAGAAAUGCUACAUCAUCAGAAGUGCUAAGCCAUGGAUAAUAUGAGGAUACAGGCAAGCAGCCCGAUUGAAAAAUAUCUCUUACUUUUUUUUUGUCACUGAGUUGUUUCAUUUCCUCUGCUAGUGAAGAACUAAAUGCCAGAUACUUGCCUGUUGAUUUUAUUAGCAACACAGCUGGUCACAGAUGAAAUCAAUAUCAGAUAAGAAGAAACAAAAUCUCAGUACGAGUGAUACACCAAAACUAGAUAAAGAUAGCAAAUGUCAGGCCUUGACAUUUGGUGAAAAUAGCAGAUGCCAGUGGAAAACAUCCUCUUAGAGUUAAUGAUGCAUCAUAUGCUGAUAUGAUACAGAACUGACUGAAAUUGAAUUUCAAAUGGUCACAGAACAAACAUUAAACUAGAUAAAGCUGAUGUAGCUGGAGCAAAAAUAGCUUUGUAGCCCAGAUAUCCUCCCCCCCUUUUAAAUGUGUAAUUUUAUUGCACAAGAGAGUUAGUUUUGUUUGUUUGGGGAUUUUGACUGGGUUUUUUUUUUAUUUUAUAUGUAUAAAAAU